AUGGUUCUCCCUAAGGCGCUCCUCAAGGGCUGGGGGCCCCCAGGGCUCCCGAGCCGUCCGCAGCCUGCUGCUGCUGCUGCUGCAGCAGGGGGCAGCAGCAGCUCCUCAGGGCCUGUGUUCACAGAGCAGCAGCAGCAGCAGCAACAGCAGCAGCAGCAGCAGAAGCUGCCGCAGCAGCAGAAGGACUCCACACAGGACCCGCAGUCCCAGCAGCAGCUGCUGCACCCUCUCCAGCUGCAGCCGCCGCAGCCGCAGCAGCCGCAGCAGCCGCAGCAGACGCUGCAGCAGCAGCAGCAGCAGCAGCAGCAGCAGCAGCAGCUGCCGGUGCUGCUGCUGCCCGAAAGCUGCCCCGAGUACGACCAGCUCGAGGUGUCUGUACACCCGCUGGGCCCUCGUGCUGCUCGUCUGGAGGUUUGGGAAAAACAAAAAACUCCUUUUCCGGCCCUCAUGCUUUGGGUCUCCCAACAACCGCAUGUGGGGCCCCCCGGGGCUUCGCCGCUGACAGUAACUGUGCCGUUGCUGCUGCUGCAGUCCCGCCGCAGCCAGCUGCUGCUGGGAGCAGCACUUGCUGCUGCUGCAGUUUGUCCCCUUUUUGCUGCUGCUGGGCAGCUCUUAGUGCGUCUUCCUUCGGACGGAGACAGCCUCGUCAACACCAAGACAUUCUUGCUGCAGCGAAACAACCGCAGGGCAGCAAAUGUUGUCUCCUCCACUCCAACUGUCUCUUCUUCUCUCCCUCCCUUCCCGGCUUCUGCUGCAGCAGCCCUCCCCCCCGCAGCAGCAGCAGCAGCAGCAGCAGCGGGCGCGGCCCCUGCAGCAGCAGCAGCAGCAGCAGCAACAGAGCAGCAGUUCUCUGCCUACUUCCAAAGCCUGCAGCAAAGACAAACAGAAUCUCUUGCUCAAUGCAUUCGAGAUCUGCUGCAGCAGCAGCAGCAGCAGCAACUGCUGCAGCAGCAGAACCUGACGCUUCGUCUGCGAGGCCUCGAAGCAGCAGUGCAGCGUCUCCUCUACCGCGAUCAGACGCAGCUGCAGCAGCAAACAAUGAAGGGGCCCCUGGGGGCCCCCCUAGGGGCCCCCCUGGGGGCCCCCGUAGGGGCCCCCUUAGAGGCCCCUAGGGGGGCCCCCAAGGGGGCCCCCAGGGGGUCUCCGCAAGGGGCCCCCCAGGGGGCCCUCCAGGGGGCCCCCCAGGGGGCCCUCCAGGGGGCCCCCCAGGGGGUCCCCCAGGAGGCCCCCCAGGAGGCCCCCCAGGGGGCCCCCCAGGGGGCCCCCCAGGGGGGCCCCCAAGGGGCCCCCCAGGGGCCCUCUGGGGGCCCCUCUUCGAUGCCAAGUGACAGCAGAAGGUCAACUGCUAAGCACAUAGCAGGGAGGCAGCGGGCGGGCCUCACAGCAGCAGAAGCAGAAGCAGCAGCAGCAGCAGCUGCUGCAGCAGCAGCAGCAGCAGCAGCAGACCGCAGCUGCGUCUCUUCCCCUGACACGCGGCAGAAGGCUCGGAAGCUGCAACGGCAGCAGCAGCAGCAGCAGCAGCAGCAGCAGCAGCAGCAGCACAUAUCUGCCUCUGCGCGCGGCGCACGGGCCUUGAGAGGCGCGCGGGCCCGCCACGGCCUAAGCAGCAGCAGCAACAGCAGCAAAGCAGCAGCAGCAGCAGCAGCAGCAGCAGCAGAAAGUUCAGAAAAUUUUGGAGAUGGAACUUCUGUCUCCUCAGAAGCUUUCGGCUCAAGUGUCUCUUUUGUCUCUUCCGAAUCUUCUUUCGAGUACGCCCGGCGGCGGUGGAAAGAAAGGCAGCAGCAGCAGCAGCAGCAGCAGCAGCAGCAGCAGCAGCAGCAGCAGCAGCGGCAGCAGCAGCAGCACGAGAUACAGGAUAGGGAGGUGACCCUCAACAACCCCUCGCUGGCCCUGAAGCAGCACGUGCAGCGCAUGCGGCUGCGUGCAGAGCGAGCUGCAGCAGCAGCAGCAGCUGCUGCUGCUGCUGCUGCAGCAGGGGAAGCAGCAGCAGCAGAUAAGCCCCCUGCUGAAUUCGACCUGCUGUUUAACCACUGGUCACUUUCAGCUGCAGCACAAAAGGAAGCAGAAAUUACGGGCCUUGUGCAGCAGCUAGCUGAGCUGCUGCCGCUGCCCCGCCGCAGGGGUGCAGCAGCAGCAGCAGCAGCAGCUGCUGCUGCUGCUAAACCGGCCAGGAAGGCUGCUGCUGCUCGCAGCAGCAGCGGCAGCAGCGAGGAGGACAGAGAGACAGCAGCAACAAGCAGCAGGGGCAGGGAAACACCGCGCGGCAGCAGCAGCAGCGGCUACAGACGCAGCAGCAGCAGCAGCAGCAGCAGCAGCAACAAGAAAGUCUCCUUUAUGGCUGAAGCAGGCCACGAGACCCCAAGAGAACCCCCACAGAGCCACGACGCAGCAGCAGCAGCAGCAGCAGCAGCAGCGGCGGCCGAAGACGCUGCGUUGAAAGAACGAGCAGCAGCAGCACCGCCAGCGCCAUCAGCAGCAGCAGCGCCAGCAGCAGCAGCAGCAGCAGCAGCAGCAGCAGCAGCAGCAAACCUCCAGGGUCUUCCUUUCUCUUUUGCUGCUGCUGACAAUGAUGUGCCUCUGGGCCUUUUGCUGCCAGCCUCCAAGCGGCAGCUGCCACAAGAGGAGCCCCCAGCGGGCCUGAGGUUUACAGAACCAGCAGCAGCAGCAGCAGCAGCAGCAGCAGCAGCAGCAGCAGCAGCAGGGGGAUCGCCCGCAGCAGCAGCUGCUGCAUUUCCCCCAUCGGCCCCGUUCCGGGAGCAGCAAAUAGAACAAACCCCCUCAACUCCUAGAGGGUCUUAUUUGGGGGGCCCCCCUGAGGGGGCCCCCCUUCGGGGGCCCCUGUUGCAGGGGGGGCCCCCCAUGGGGGCCCCCCGCCAAGGGGGGCCCCCUCUGGGGGCCCCUGAGAACUUGAAAGUGAAACCCCCGGGGGCCCCUCCUCGGGGCGCGUUUCCCCAGAAGUUUCUGUUUCCUCCUGCUGCCAACGCGGGCCGCAGCAGCAAAAGUGCAGCAGCAGCAGCAGCAGCAGCAGCAGCAGCAGCAGCAGCAGCAGCAGCAGCAGCAGAAGAUGGCGAAACUGAGGCCGAAAUAGACCCGGCGGACGCAGCAGAUGAUGAGCUUGGAAGAGGACUUUCUCAAGUGCUGAUUCGCACGGAGGAAGAUGUAUCCAGAAGCCCCUGCAGCAGCAGCAGAAGCAGCAGCAGCAGCAGCAGCAGCAGCAGCAGCAGGAGCAGCAGCUUGUGCAGCUGGCUGAGUGACGACGACGAGGAGCUGCCACGCGCUCGCAAGACGCAGGCUCCGGCUGAGCAGCUGCUGCUGCAGCCGCAGCAGCCGCAGCAACAGCAGCAGCAGCAGCAGCAGCAGCAGCAGCAGCAGCAGCAGCAGCAGCAGCAGCGCCUCUUCAUGACUGCUGCUGUGCAUGCAGCAUCCCCCCGCAGCGAAAAGCCAAAAGCUGCUGCCAAGAAGAGGCCCCCCCCGGUGCCUCCUUUGAAGGGGGGCAGCAGCGUGCAGUCAAAAGAGGGGUUUGGGGGGCCCUCAGAUGCUGCUGCUGCUGCUGCUGCUGCUGCUGCUGCUGCUGCUGGUGCAGCAGCAGCAGCAAACGAAAAGGCGGCGGGGUCCCGCAGAGGCUCGCAGACGUCGCGAGAGCUGUUAGCAGCAACAACGAAGGAGAAGCUUUUGAGCCGGUCCGACUCAUUGACUGGAGACGCAGCAGCAGCAGCAGCAGCAGCAGCAGCAGCAGCAGCAGAAGGGUCUCCUCGCUCCUCGAAAGGAGCCACGCCCCGCAAGCAGCAGCAGCAGCAGCAGCAGCAGCAGCAGCAGGACGCUGCAGUGAGUCCGAGUGCGGGCUCCCCCGCGUCGACGGCGCGGCGGCGGGGGUCCGCUUCUUCGCAGCAGCAGCAGCAGCAGCAGCAGCAGCAGCAGCAGCAGCAGCAGCAGCGGGGGAAGGAGCAGCAGAAGCCGCGGGGGCCCCGCGCGCGGCAGGUAGUAACAGCAACAAGUGAAGAAGACAUCAACUCCGGGCGGCUGCUGCUGGACCCGAAGCUAAUUGAGUCUUUUCGGGUGAAGCAGCAGCAGCAGCAGCAAGCGCUGCAGGACUUGGAGAAGCUUUACGAGCUGCUGAAGGAAGACGCAGCAGCAGAGGGAGCAGCAGCAGCAGCAGCAGCAGACGGCGCAGCAGCAGCAGCAAACGCCGGCAAGAAAGACGACGACAAGCACCACAGCCACAAAAGCCAGCAGCAGCAGCAGCAGCAGCAGCAGCAGCAGCAGCAGCAGCAGCAGGGGAGGCAGCGGGAGCUGGAGUGGGCGUCGCCGCUGGACAGCGUGCUGCAGCAGCUGCGGCAGCUGCAGCAGCAGCCCGCAGCGCAGCAGCAGCGGGGAGUUGCAGCAGCACUUGGAGAUGUCUUGGAAACCCUAAAAGGGACUUUAGAAAUGCUGGAAGCAGCAGACAAAGACAGGAGAGAAGAAGCAGCAGCGCAGCGGCUGCUGCUGCAGCAAGCAGCAGCAGAAAGGCGAGAAGCAAUAGCAGCAGCACUGCAGCAAGUCGAGGCCCUCGCCUGCAAGGGGCAGCAAGCAGCAGCAGCAAAAGAGACACAACAGAAUAAAGAAAUCAAAGAACUGCAUGCGCAGCUGCAGCAACUCAGCAAACAAAAAGACCUUCUCCGCAAACAAAUCGAGCUGCUGCAGCAGUUCUGCAGCAGCGACCAGUGCGUGCUGCUGCAGCAGCCCCCCACUGCAGCAGCAGCAGCAGCAGCAGCAGCAGCAGCGGGAAAGCAGGCGGGCGAGGCGUCUCCCCAAGCGGGGGGCCCCUCAGGGGGGACUUCUCCGUCUCGGGGGGCCCCCCAAGAAGAGGGGCCCCCGGGGGCCUCCCUCACAGGGGGGGCCCCCAAGGGGGGCCCCCCUGGGGGGCCCCCCCCAGUGGGUAGUCCCCCCCCAAAGGGGGCCCCCUCCCCAGGGAGGGGGCCCCCAGGGGGGCCCCCCCCAGCGGGGGGCCCCCAAGGCGCGGGGGGCCCCCAACGGGCUGGGGGCCCCCAGGGGGGCCCCCAGGGGGGCCCCCAGGGGGGCCCCCAGGGGGGCCCCCAGGGGGGCCCCCAGGGGGGCCCCCGGGGGGGCCCCCAUGGGGGCCCCGGGAGUCUGGAAGAACUUUUAAAAGUGGCAGCAGAAGCAGUUGAUGAAACAGCAGCAGCAAUUCUUUGCUGCUCCUUUUCUUCAGUGGCGGGGGCCCUUGAGCGGUUUUCAAGUGCUGCUGCUGCUGCUGCUGCGCUGCAGCAGCAGCUGCAGCAGCAGCAGCAGCAGCUGCAGCAGCAGCUGCAGCAGCAGCUGCAGCAGCAGCAAGACAGAACAGAAAUCAACACCAGGGAUCAACAAAAGACACUCGAGGAGGCAACCAAACUCAAACUCAAAGAAGCAAGAAAAGCCUGCGAAGAAGCUGCUGCUCACCUGGAGUCGGAGAUUGGGGAAAUGGGGGCCCUCAGCGAAAGCUCGACAGCUCCGAGCAGCUUGAGGGGCCCCCUGGGGGCCCCCCUGGGGGCCCCCCUGGGGGCCCCCCUGGGGCCCUCUUUGAGGGGCCCCUCUUACUACGGGGGGCCCCCCACUUUGCCCGAAAUCAGAGACUGUCUGCUGUCCCCUUUAGCAGCAAAAAGACAAGAGGGUUUGCUGCUGCUGAAGAAAUGCCUGGCCCUCAGCAGCAGCCAGCAGCAGCAGCAGCAGCAGCAGCAAAGUCCCAGAGCAGCAGCAGCAAGAAGGGCCAAGGCCCAUCUCCUCUUCCACAGGCUCCAGCUUCUUGUACAGGCCCAAGCUGGGGGGGGCCCCCCUGGAGGGACGAGGCGAGGGGAUGGGAGGGACACAUACUCCAAAGGGUUUAGGGCAAAUGCUGUUGAGCUGCAGCAGGGAAACAAAGAGACAAAAGCUGCAGCAAAAGAGGCUCGGGACCGCCAGGUGCAGCAGCGUCGUUGCCCAAGCAGCAGCAGCACCUGCAGGGGGCCCCCGGACGUGAGAGAAGCGUCUCAAGAGCCAGCGGAGACUCCUUUUUGUAUGGAGACUUUGAAGAAGGAAGUAGAAGAAGACUUCCGACAGCUUUGGUGA